CCAAUCUCGCACAGUUCCUUCAUCUUGCGCGAACCGUACGGACGUGCCCGUGGCCAGUGUUCUCAUAGGGAAAAUAUUUAUACUCUACUUCUGUCUUUCAUAAGUUAAGUUCAUUGUCUACUGCACCGGGGAUUCAUAAAACAAGCCCAAAAUGAAACUGUUCAUCGUACUGAGCGUGCUGAUUGCCGGCGCGUUGGCCUCCGGUGACGGCCCAAAGGUUACGGACAAGGUUUACUUUGACAUCACGAUCGGUGGCAAACCGGAGGGACGCAUCGUGAUCGGUCUGUUCGGUGGCACCGUACCGAAGACGGCACGCAACUUCAAGGAACUGGCAGAGAAGACCACACCCGGCGAAGGUUACAAGGGCAGCAAGUUCCACCGGGUGAUCCGCGACUUCAUGAUCCAGGGUGGAGAUUUCACCAAGGGUGACGGUACCGGUGGGCGCUCGAUCUACGGCGAACGCUUCGCCGACGAGAACUUCAAGCUGAAGCACUUCGGUGCCGGCUGGCUGUCGAUGGCUAACGCGGGCAAGGACACGAACGGUUCCCAGUUCUUCAUCACGGUCAAGCAGACGAGCUGGCUCGACGGCCGUCACGUAGUGUUCGGCAAGGUGCUGGAGGGUAUGAACGUGGUGCGCAAGAUCGAAAACACCGCCACCGAUGGGCGCGAUCGGCCGACGAACGAUGUGAUGAUCGCCGACAGUGGUUCCCUGCCCGUCGAUGAACCGUUCGCGGUGGAGAAGAGUGAUGCGACCGAGUAAGGUAAAAAGCCGUGGUAAGCGGAGUGUGGUCCAAGACUUGGAUUUUCUUGCUCUUCUUCGUCCAACACCAGCAUGAGGGAAAGAUAGGGAAGAACAAAUCAUUUACAAGAUCCAUUCAUAUCCUCCAUCCGCGAAUUGCCUUACGCUGGAAAGGGACGCGACCGGCGAUCGCGAUUACAAAAUGAUGGUAUGAAAACCCGAGGAGGAGAUAGGUAACAAAAGGUGAUCCAAAAGAAAGCAAAAACGCAUUUAAGAAGAGAGAGAAUCCAUUCAAUAAUAAGUAAAUCUCUGAUGAAAGUUUAAUAAAGCGAAGAGACAAGAAAGGAACAUAUUUUUAUGACAAAUUUUACACAAAACAAA